UGCUGGGUCUGAAAAGAGACUUUGAGCACCUCACUGUACAAACAGGAAAACACCAAGAACAGAAGGAAGAAGACAGGAACCAACUUUACCUGAAAUCUCUCACUCAGCGUCCUAUCAGCAUGUUGCAUCUGGAGGCAUUCUGUCUUACAUCAUUCUUAGUGACGCUGUGUAAUUGCUACCCAGCUCCAGUGUUCCUGGUGCGCGAUGAGGCCCACGGGGUGCUGCAGCGCUCGCGGCGGGCGAACUCGGGCUGGUUUGAGGAGAUGAAGCGGGGCGACCUGGAGAGGGAGUGUCUGGAGGAGCUGUGCAGCUACGAGGAGGCGAGGGAGGUGUUCGAGCGCACAGAAACUACCGAUGAAUUUUGGCGUAAAUAUAAUGUUGUAGAUCACUGUCUGUCCAACCCCUGUGCCAACAACGGGGCCUGCGAAAGCCUCUCCGACUCCUACACCUGCAUGUGCCCACCUGGGUUCAGUGGCAGGACCUGUGAGCAAGACAACAAAGCCGUGCUUGAGACGUGUCUGUACGAUAACGGCGGCUGUGAGCACUUCUGUGAGGAGACAGAACGCGGUCGCUACUGCUCCUGUGCUGACGGCUACUUCCUGGGAGCUAACGGAAAGAAAUGCUUCACUCAUGAGCCGAUCCCCUGCGGCAAGGCCCCAUUGGACGUCUCUGUGAAGGCAGCGCUGGACCCUCGAGCUCGGAUAGUGGGGGGGACGAUAUGCCCUAAAGGCCACUGCCCCUGGCAGGUUCUGCUGGUGUAUGGCACGAAGGCUUUCUGUGGAGGAGUCCUAUAUAAGCCCACGUGGAUCUUGACUGCGGCACACUGUUUGGAUAGCGUACAAGAUCUCAAGCAUCUGAAAGUAAUUGCAGGCGAGCAUGAUCGAUACGUGGAGGAAGGCACAGAACAGACCGUCAUGGUGACGCAAAUGAUUCCACAUCCCAAUUACGUGAUCAAAACAGCCGACAACGACAUCGCUCUCUUGCGCCUGCAACGUCCAGUGGAGGUCACGCCGUACGCCGUGCCUGUGUGCUUGCCGACGCGUGCCCUCGCUGAACGGGAGCUUUGGUCAGUGCACUUCCACACGGUGAGCGGAUGGGGACGUCGCAGUGAGAAUGGACCACAGUCCAGCACCCUCCGGCGACUCAAGGUGCCGCGUAUCGGAACGCAGGACUGCAUAAGGGACAGCAAUGUGUCGCUGACCGUGAAUAUGUUCUGCGCCGGGUACAUCGAGGGCCAGGAGGACUCGUGUAAAGGGGAUAGCGGGGGUCCGCUAGUCACUCACUAUCGGAACACAACAUUCCUGUUGGGAAUUGUGAGCUGGGGGAAGGGAUGUGCCCGACCAGGAAAUUAUGGGAUAUACACUCGCAUGUCAAACUAUCUAGAGUGGGUGCAGGAGCAAACCUCUGAAUCGGGACUCAACACCACAGCCACAUAAUCAUAAUAUUUAUAGUGGUCAUGCUCAACUCCAGAACGCAAUAAAUCAUUUAGACUGUAGGCUACUUUCAAUUGUUUUUUUUGUAUUGAAUGUGUGACAUUGAGUGAUUUAUUGGAAAAUGUAUCUGAUUCAGAUUUUAAAAGAGAUAAAAAUAAAGGCAAUUUCCUACCCACCUCA